AUGGACUCGAACUACCCAGACGAUGUCCUGGAAGGGGACAAUCAUGAUGAGACCUCCAUGUAUCCGGACAUCGAGGUGAAUGUUGAUUCUCCUUGGCAAAACCAACAAUCCUUCGACGUUGGAAGCAUGCUCGCCUCGGUGCUUGAUCCACGUUUGUUCGGAGAUCAGCCUGCGCAGCAGCCACAGAGCAUUAAUCAAUAUCCUGCGGGGCUUGGUACCGGGGGCAAUGUUGGCCCAGACUAUCCCUCCAACGAGGAAUAUGAAGACGACGAAUAUCCUUCUAUGUCGUACCCUCCAGUGCCAGGCGAACCUGCGCAAUCAGAUGAGGAGUUUGUCUUAUCUUCUGGUGAUGAAAGCGAGAGCGAGGAUGAGCCAGCGGAGAGUGAUGAUGACAAUAGCUCAGGCGCUGGCAGGCGGCGACGUCGAGGGGGUGGUCGCUUCUCGGGAAGAUAUGGCGCUCGGGGACAGAAGGGCGUCAAACGAGGACCUCGUAAGCCUAUAGAGCCCAGCCCAGAGUUCAAGCUUCUCCAUUCCGAAGCUACAUCUGCCUUUAUCGAUGGGCAAUACGACCGCGCCAUCGAACUUGUCAUGCAGGCUAUCCAGAUCAACCCGGAAAUGUUCGCAGCGCAUUCUUUGCUCUCGGAGAUCUUCCUUGCGCAGGGAGAAAACGACAAAGCCCUGGCAGCUCUGUUCAAUGGAGCCCACACUAGGCCAAAGGACCCUGGUGUUUGGAUCAAGGUUGCAAAGCUGAUCCUGGAACGUGCCCAAGAUAACCGAGAAUCCGCUUUGCAUGACGUGGUGUACUGUUACAGCCGCAUCCUCGAUGUGAAUCCUAUGGACUUUGCUAUUCGUUUCCAAAGAGCGGCUGUAUACCGGCAGCUGGGCCACAAUGGCCGAGCUGCGACAGAGUACGAACGGUUGUUAAAGGAUCGCCCACAUAGUGCCAAGGCUCUGCGCCAUCUUGCAGAGACAUACAUUGAUCUGGGCGAGGUCCAAAAAGCGGUAGAUCACUAUUCCAACAGUAUCGAUCACUACCUUUCCAUUGAUCCAGAGGGCUCCGGGCUUGGGUGGUCCGACAUUAACAUUUACGCCGAGCUAUUCGGCUAUCUCAAACAGCCCGACGAGGGGCUGUACAACAUGAAGUUGCUCGCUCGUUGGCUGCUUGGGCGCGGCGAUGACACACUAUGGGACGACUUUGAGGAUGACGAUCGAGAAUGGGAUGCUGAUGACUCUCCGCGGCGCAUCAAGACUGACGGUUUUAUCCCCAAUCAAUGGCCUCGGGAUACAUAUGGGCUGGGUCUUCCCCUCGAGCUCCGGAUCAAAAUGGGUAUUUUCCGCCUGAAGAUAGACGACAAGUUCCACGAAGAAGCAAAGCACCAUUUUGAAUGGCUCAACCCUGAGGACGAUUCCGAAGGCGCUCGCAUUUUCGACUAUGGUGAUCUUUUCCGAGAAGUGGCAGAUGCCUUGAAACAAGUAGGACUUCUUGAAGAUGCACUACGAUACUACACCCCUAUUCAGCAAACCGCUGAACAUGCCGAUAUCAGCUUCUUCAUGGCAAUGGGUGACUGCUGUGAGCGGCUGGAAAAGGUCGAAGAUGCUGAAAGCUGUUUCCUUAUGGUGGCUGACCACGAUUCUGACCACAUGGAAUCACGAGUCCGGCUAGCCAAGCUAUACGAGAAACUUCAAAUGACAGACCAGGCAAUGAAAUAUGCCAGUGAGGCGGUUUUGAUCGGUCGUCAGCAAAACCGAACUCGUGGAGGAAGAAGAAAGGACACCAGGCUCGAACAGCUUGCCAUAGAGUUCAAGAUGGCAGAGACCGAAAAGCCAAGACCAAUUGCACCCAAGCCUCAAACGCAUGCGACACUCAUGAGCACAGUUCAAUCAGGAAAAAUCAAUCCCGGUGAAGGUAAUCGGACGGAGGAUAUUCAAUUCUUGUACAUGAAGUUGCUGGAAUUGCAUCCCUUGAUGAAAGAAUGUGCUAUACAGGCCACUGAAGAUUGGCUUGACAUUGCCGAUGCUCUUCUGCGAGACUUCCGGGCCAAUCGCGCCUUCUAUCCCAUGGCCCAAACAAUGCGCUUCGUGGGAUAUUCGAAGCCCAAAGACUCCAAGACCGAAAAGGGGCAGAUGAUGGACGAGAUGCAAGAGAUGGCGGGUCGUCUUCAGGACAGCAUAGAUGAGCCUUUGCCGGGUACUGUCCCCACUGAUUACCACGGAAUACCUUUUGAUGAGUGGCUGGACAUUUUCAUGGAAUAUUCACUGGUCGUUACAGAACAAGGCGAGCCAGAUGAGGCCUACGAGACGCUGGAAUCUGCAGCAAUCGCAAGCAUCUGGUUCCAUUCAAAGCCCAAGCUACGGAUGAUCCAUGUUUGCUGGUUUUCAUGCGCUCUUCGUGCGUCAGAUGAAGAGACCCUGGCCAACGAGGCCCGCUGGUUCAUCAAAGAAUACCAAUUUGUCACCGACACCUACAGGCUCUUCUCUAUGCUCAGUCUCGUGUGCGGUGAUCCCCAUCGAUCCCUUUUCCACUCUUCUCCCAACAUGAAAUUCAUGCUCCGACAAAUCAAAGCGAUGGACUUUACGGUGCCUCAAAAACCCUCUCGUCCUGUGCGAGAGUCUAUCUGGAAAGAGCGCGCCACCCUCUCUUCCAAAGACGAAGAAGGCCAGCCGAUACCCGCAGAGGAAUUGGAUAUUGCACUCCUUGUGCUUUAUGGCCACAUUCUAUACUCUGGAAACAGUUUCUACCCGGCCCUGAACUAUUUCUUCCGAGCAUAUGCCCUAGACGAUCAAAACCCGGCCGUUCUUCUCUCCAUCGCACUCUCCUAUAUCCACCACUCCCUCAAACGACAAUCCGAAAAUCGACAUUAUGCUAUCAUGCAAGGGCUCUCCUUUAUGCACGAAUACCGUCUUGUUCGAGAGAAGCCCGGAGCUCUUCUAUCUGAAAGACAAGAGAUGGAAUUCAAUUUCGCCCGUGUCUACCACUCUCUCGGCCUAGCCCAUCUGGCCGUCGAAAAAUAUGAGCUGGUCCUCGAAAUAGGCAAGCAGAUUCAGCUUGAAGCCGAACAAAAGUCGCUCCAAGAUUCUGCCCCUGUCACUGAUGGUGAUGUGGCUAUGAGCAACGGGGACGAGCCCUCGACGCCCCCUGUCAAGCCUUACGUUGAGGACUUCUCUCCGGAGGCUGCCUACGCAUUGCAGUGCAUUCAUGUACUCAGUGGAAAUGCAAAGGCCGCAAAGGACGUCACUGAAAACUCGCUUGUUGUUUGA